AUGGAGUAUUUAAUGGAGCAGUUGGCAUGGGAAGAUUUGGAGUUGAUGGUGGUUCAGGCGUGGCUAAUCUGGACUCAAAGGAAUAGAGUGAUACACGGUGGGAAAUUUCAUGACCCAGACCAGGUGCAACAGCCAAGUCAAGAUUCAUGGAAGCCUCCUCUACCUUCGGUGUAUAAAUUAAACUUUGAUGCCAUUGUGUUCUCUGGUUUGGAUAGGUCUGGGUUUGGAGCAGUGAUUAGAAAUGACAAAGGGGAAGUUAUGGCUGCAAUGUUAGCCAAGGGACCAUCGGUUUUUUGUAGUGAAGAAGUGGAGCUCCUUGCAUUCAUGCAAGCUAUAUCCUCUCCAAAUGAAGAUGAGUCGUUGAUGGGUAAUGUGGUAGGUGACAUCCAGCAGAUGCUUAAAGGGCAGCAUUGGGGGAAUGUUGAGUUUACAAGAAGGGGAGGAAACAAAGUGGCUCAUGUGUUAGCUCAAUAUGCAAAAAAUAUAAUAGAUGACUAG